AUGCUUGGAGAGGAGGAGCUAUGGGGCCAGGAAGACGAGGACUGCAGGGCCCGGGGGGACUCGGGCCAACAGCGGGCCGCCGCGCGUGCGCACUGGGCGGGGGGGGGGGGGCCGCGCUCCUACCCGCACGUGGCCAACGCAGGGCGCUGGGCCGCUACUCCCGCAUUGCACGUUGGGGAGCCGGUACAUGCAGGUGGGAAGUUCCAGACGGAGAAGCGCGCGGCGCCCGUGAUAAGGCUUUACCUGGUCCAUCGACAUGGCGGAACCAAAGCAAGUGCGUGCCAGACACCAAUGCUCGGAAGCCGUCGAAGACCACAACUGAGGGCGGCCAUCUCCCUUCUAACCCUGCUGCGGUGGUUCGGAGAAAACGCAGUCCGGUGUGCUCUGAUUGGCCCAUGCUCUUUGACGUCACGGACUCGACGUUUGACAGAGCCAAUAGGCGAAAAGGAGCGACGGGAAGUAUUUUUUUCACCCCGCCCGGAAAGGAUGGAGCAAAACGUCAAAAGCAGCCAAUGGGAGCUCGGGAGGCGGGGCGCCUGUGGGAGUCUGGGAGGGAAGUUUCCCAGGCUCGGAGGCGGAUCGGGUGUUGAGUCCAUGGAGCCAGCUGAGAGCUCGAGUACAGAACCUGCUAAGGCCAUCAAACCUAUUGAUCGGAAGUCGGUCCAUCAGAUUUGCUCUGGGCCGGUGGUACUGAGUCUAAGCACUGCGGUGAAGGAGUUAGUAGAAAACAGUCUGGAUGCUGGUGCCACUAAUAUUGCGAUGUCACCAUUUCUACCUGCCAUGCAUCGGCGAAGGUUGGGACUUGACUGGUGUUUGAUCACAAUGGGAAAAUCAUCCAGAAAACCCCCUACCCCCACCCCAGAGGGACCACAGUCAGCAUGAAGCAGUUAUUUUCUACGCUACCUGUGCGCCAUAAGGAAUUUCAAAGGAAUAUUAAGAAGGUACAGUAAAUUAAUCCUGGUUUUCAAGAGUAUUGGUUAAUGCACAUGAGCAAAAGCUUUACUAAAGAUGUUUAUUCUUCAGCUGAUUCUCUUCCCAUAAUCUAUUGAGAAAUGCUUUAUUUGCAUUUCUCGUUAAAGACUUAACAUUAAAGACUUAACUUUAGGGUGAUUUACUUUUUUCUUUUCAUCACAUAGUGUUUAUUAGGACUGGGCAACACAGUGAAACUCUGUAUCUAUGAAAAAUUAAAAAAAAAUUGACUGGGCAUGGUGGCAUGCACCUGUAUUUCCAGCUACUUGGGAAGCUGAAGUGGGAGGAUCACUUGAGCCCGGGAACUUGAGGCUGCAGUGAGCUAUGAUGGCGCCACUGUAUUUCAGACUGGGAGACAGAGUAAGACCCUGUCUGGAAAAAUAUAUAAUACAUAUAUAUUUUUUAUUUUUAUCUUUUUUUUUUGAGAUGCAGUCUCACUUUGGCGCCCUGGCUGGAGUGCAGUGGCGCAAUCUCGAUUCACUGCAACCUCCACCUCCCGAGUUCAAGCGAUUCACCUGCCUCAACCUUCUGAAUAGCUGGGAUUACAGGCACUCACCACCACGCCCGGCUCAUUUUUGUAUUUUUAGCAGAGACGGGGUUUCACCAUGUUGUCCAGGCUGGCCAGGCUGGUCUCGAAUUCCUGACCUCAGGUGAUCCGCCCACCUCAGCCUCUCAAAGUGCUGGGAUUACAGGCGUGAGCCACCAUGCCUGGCCUUAUGUACUUAUAUUUCAAUGAGACUAUUUCUCUUGGUUUUCUGAUAAAUGAAGUACUGGAACCCUUAUGAAUCUGAAUGCAAAUGAAACAGCUAAAUGUUAUGUAAUUGUUGUGUUUAAAAAGCAGAUUGUAAAACUGUAUUAUAUGAUUACAGUUUUAUAAAAACAAAACAAUGGCCUAAAUGUGUAUAGUAUAAAGGCUGGAAGAGUCAGUACCUUCAUGUUCUCAGCGGUUAUCCUUGGAUGUGAGAUCUCAUGCACUUUUUGCUCUCUUCUUUGUGCCUUUCCAUUUGGUAUGUGUAUUUUUUACAAUCAAAGAAGUUAAAUAUAUGCAGCUAAAAACA